UGUUUUCAACUGGUCCUUGUUUAGGGAAAUGAAUCUGUAUUCGAACGGUUCCGUUGUUCAUGCCGUUAUGUGAGAGUUGUUAUCGAGUUAACGGACGUUUUAAAUGUGAAAGUAGUUGUGGCUUUAGUUGGCUUUUAAGCCAGCUAGUUAGCUACCAACAUAAAUCAAUUCCCGAGUGUGUUUUAGCAAAUCGCAAAGGCAGAAAAGGUUUCAACAACCAAAGCUACGUUCUAGGACCCUACAUCAUGUCAGAAUGGUUAAUGUUGUGUUUGAUUUUCGUCUUGUUGAGUCUUGUGACAAUAGUAGGGUACGUUCUGUACUCGGGGCUGUUGUCAGAAAUACACAUCCGGACUGGUUCUCCUCCAAUCAAGAACAUCACAAUCGCCUACAAGUUCAAACAGGGACCAUAUAAAGAGUGUGGACAACUUUUUACUGAGAGUUGCAGCAUUGGACGCAAUCUGUCUAGUAUUGGAGUGUUCUACGAUGAUCCUAAAAAGGUGAUAGGAGAGAAGUGUCGCUGUGCUGUGGGUAGUGUCCUGAGUGAGGGCGAUACUAGGCCCAGUGAGGAGCUCCAACAGCUCUAUGAGAAGUUUGGUUUCCGGGUCUUCAGCUUCCCAGAGGUCACUCACGUGGUCAGCGCCUCCUUUCCCCACAGGACGCCCCUGUCAAUCUUCUUUGGGGUGCAGAGAGUCUACCCCCAGCUGGAGAGCUACAUCAAGGAGAGGAAGUUGUGUGCACACCCAUGCCUGGAGAUCUACAGAGAUGACUUGAUCCACUACAUGAGUCCUCUGGCUCGCCAGGGAGAUUUCUACGUACCGGAGGUCCGUCAGGACCCGGACAGGAGGCUGCUGGGAGACAAUGACUCUGAGGAGGACAGAGGGACCGACAUCACAGGUGCGGACUCCAAUAGUGAGUGCAGUUCAGGGAGUGGUAUUUUCCUGUCAGACAGCAGAGAGACCUCCCUAGCCCCAUCCAGCGUCCCCUCCCUGAUCCGACACUACAGAGGAGGAGGAGGUGAAGACCGCAGUGACAGGAGCUCCAGCUCCUCCUCCUUUGAGGAGUUGGACAUGGAACUCCCAGACGGACAGGAGGAGGAAGCAGGGACAGAGCAAGUUAGCGACGCCCCCUGCAACAAGCACCUAGAGACGACCACAGAGGAGAGAGGGGUUGUAGCCGGGGGGGAGGAGUGAGGGAGAAUGGAGGGGGGAGAAGAAGAAGUGGAGGUUGGGGGAGGAGGAGAGAAUUCUAAAUGUGCAGUUUUCUAUGGCUCUUUUUCAAUUAGUCUUUCCUUGAAUCCUCCCAUUUUGCACUGUCUCCUCCAAUAUGGUUGAGGUGAGGAAAUAGGAUGCAGGGAA